AUGCUCGAUUCGAUCAUGUACCCCCAUCUCCUCGACCUCGUCCUGGAACACGCCUCGCGCUCAUCGCUCAUCGCUCUCCGCGCGGCCUCCCGUCGCACGCGGGAGAAGGCUGACGGGCUCCUGGCGCGCCACCUCGUCCUGCGUCUCCGCGAAGAUCCCUCGAGGCUCUAUAUCGACCCAGUCACUGUCAAUAACCUCGAUGGCCGGGUACCGCUCUUUUCUCGUUGGGACGAAGCUGAGGACACAAACCUCACAGACUGGCCCGACUCGAACGACUUUGAGUGGUGGGAGGCAUCCAGCGACCCAGACAUUGCCCUUUCCCAGCGCGCUAGAGGGGCUCGGAAAUGCUUGAAGCACACCCGCGUGCUAGACGUCGAGGGUGAAGCCCCACCCAGCCGUAUCGCAGAGCUCGUCUCGGCCAUCGGAGAGAAUGCCAUUCUGCGAUCAAUUCGGGGACAGAACGGCCUCACGAUUCUGGAUCCAUUUUCAGAAUUUGACCACGACCUCAGGUCCGCACUCAACCGGCCGUUCUCCAAGUUCAUCGCCUUCACUAACAUCUGGCAACUCAUCAAUAUGCCCGAGUACGAACUCCUGGCCGUGGGCGCCCGCAAAAUCGUUUUGAACCUGUUUGUUGAGCCCGGCACACACCCGGUCCCUUUCUUUGAAGCGGGCAGCAAAGAGCCCACCAUCUCCUCGCACACAUCCGAGGUGGUCAUGAUCUUCCACUCCUCCGUCAACCCCGGUCCGUUCAGCGCCUUGGAUCGUGCGGGCCACCUAAACUGGAAGACGCGCAUCGAACUUGGUGAGCGGGAUGGCCGCCUGACCGACUUUUGGGACUGUAUCCUUGCAACUGGCUUGAGAACCACGUUUGUCAACCUAGCCGCUCUUGACAAGGCAUGGGGCCUGAGUGAGGAGACUGCAAUCCGCGACAAGGUGGGCUCAGCGUCUGACAUACGCUUUCUCUCCCUCGAGGAGUACGAGGAGGAAACUGGCUUCGACUUCGAGCUCGAGACGCAGGAGGGAGCGUGGUGCCUCUGGAAAUCCAAACCAGGGACCGAGCGGGAACGGCGGAAGGUCGAGUGGUACUUUGAUCACCCUGAUUCCGAUUCCGAUGAUUUCGACGAGGAGGAAACGGAUGGUCCGGAGUCUACCACCCAUCUGAACCAAGCCGAGGACGAGGUGGCUACUGUUCGUGACGACGAGGUUGGCGAUCCCAUUGCGUGA